AUGGUGAACUUCAAUGAAGUUUAUUUUAGAAAUCAUGGAAAAAGUUUUUCAAAGUCCUUGAGUCAAUAUUUGCUUUUCGAUCUAUUUGAUGACGUGACAGUAGAAGAUUUUCUUAUGAAAUUUCAUUUGAAAUGUAAACUUCGUCUUCUUCAUGUCAUCCUGUUCCAAAAUAAACGAAAACUUUGUGAAACUUCAGAUUUUUCUAAUUCAAAUUCGCUGUUAAUAAACACCUACAGCAACGGAAAAUGGGGAAUAGUUGCAAAUGAAGCUCGUUCAGAGACAGAAGAAAAAUCCUUAGCAGCUUUUAUAAAAGGCUACGUGGAUUUGGUUGAGCUUCCUAUCAAAAACAAAAAUGUUUUGAGAUUCAAGGCCCAAGGAGAUUCACGUGUUGGUCUUUUAUGUAGCACUCAAGUCGAAAGCAAUUGCAUAAUUAUCUGA